GUCUCAGGUACAAACUCCAGGCAGUAAGACCUCCUGCCUUAACCUAUUGCCAGAGCAUGAUUAAAGAGUGGGAAAACCGCUUUCAGAGGUAUAAAAGUCAGAGAGAUGGGAAUCCAAAGGCUCAGGAAGGGACCACAGUCGAGGGACAGCAAAAUAAUAAAACGCCAUCGUGGAUCACCAGCAAUGGCCAUUCCUCCAUAGUUCAAGACUUCCCAUACCACAAAGAGGAUAUCUGUACUGCGUCACCUCUGGGGAUAUGGACGGCAUUCUACAAAUCAGACCCACGCAUCGCCCUUGGAAAAUACUCCCCAAUGGAACAAGAAAUUCUACAACUCGGUGGCGUUCACACCAUAGCAGCAAGAAGAUUUUUGGCUGACAAAUACUACAAAGAGUGGAGGAUGCUGAGGGAACUCCAGGCGCAGUCUCCAGACUACAAAAUGGCCAUCGAGCUGGGAAGACGCUCCUCUUCUACUUGUACUGAGUGUGGACUCCCGGAAAAGAUAUGGACAGCGAAGGUGUCUGUGCCUGUAGAGGAGUUCAAAACGCCCUGCCGAGAGAAGGUUGACAUUAACAAACACAUCAAGAGAAUGGAGCUUGCAAGGGCCCUGAAAAACAAACAUCUUUCUCCAUGCAUUGAAAGGAUCAGGAGCGCCACAUCGAUGUCCGGAGCAGAGCAGGAUUCCCCAGGAACAGACAAGUCCAGUAAGGAGGGAGAGAGUGAUGACAGGGAUAGCAGUAACAAAACCUGUUACAGAGAGAAAGGGGAGGCCAACUUUGAACCCACAAAAACACGAGAAGUCGCCUUGAACGUGAUUUUCAAGUCUGAGGAAUCCAAAAGUUGUGUACUAUGCCAUCGGAAUGAUCGGAAACCCUUCCUCCCUGUGAAGAGACCGGAGCGGCAUAUCACGGGCUUCACAAACAGAAACCUCUUCCCUAUCACUAACUUCCCUGGAGACCUGAUGCUCAUGAACCAGGAUUUUAGAUCCAAGGGAAUUCACCCGAAUGACGCCAUUAAAAUCUACUGGCUGCCGGAAGAGGACCGCUGCAAAGAACACAAGCAAAGGCCUGCUUACAGCCCACAGUGAAGCUCUAUCUGGUCCUGAUCAUGAGCAAAUGCACUGCUCUUUAUUUCUCCUGCACGGAGUACCCCAGGGUCCUUCCCCUCUGCUCUUCUUUUGAGCUCCUUGGCUCCUGCUCUGUCUCUACAGUGUCUCCGAGAUGAGACCCUGUUGUAGGGACUUCCUUAUUAUCAGAAUAAGCUCUUGAGUCUUAGCUACCACCCUUGCCACAAUCAUUAGUUCUAAAUAAUGGGCUUGCCGCAACUGGC